AUGCUUGCGUCCUCAGAAUUUCAGCUUCGGUAUGCUUUGUUGUCGAAGGAAGCUCUGCGUCGGUCGAAGCUGGACGAACUGAAGAUCAAAUAUGGCCUUAAGGGCCCCAGAGCGCCGAAGCCAGUGCCAACCAAUGACAACUACCAAGACCGGGCAGCCAAGCGUCGCCUAACCGAAAAGCAAGAAGGCAGUAAGGCCAACGGUGGAGAUUAUGCCGGGGCUAAAUCCUCCUGUCGACCUGUUCAGGCCAGUGUAUUUACGCCAAUCGACGAAGAGAACGUCGGUUCACGUCUCCUAGCUAAGAUGGGCUGGAGUCGCGGUGAGGGUCUUGGCAAGGCCGGAAGUGGGAUUACUGAACCGGUGAGUCCUUUCAGUCAGUAA